CCAUCCCGGCUCAAGGGUGUGCAGGGAGCAGCGCGUCACGCGCCAGCCAUGGGCAAGGUCAAGCAGGUCCGCCGCCGCCUGGCGAAUUUCUAUAAUUGGCGCGUGAGCGUGACGUUGACUGAUGGCCGCGUCUUGGUUGGCGUGCUCAUGGCCGUGGAUCGUCACGUGAAUCUUGUUCUGUGCAAUACUGAGGAGUACCGCAAGUACAAGGUCAAGGGCAAGCCCGAGGGCAAGGAGCUGAAGCGCAUGCUCGGCUUCAUCGUGCUCCGCGGCCAGAACAUCCUGUACGUCCAGCCGGAGGAGAUGGGCAAGGACGAGCUCGUUGAGACGGACAAGCCGAAGAAGGUCAAGGCGACAGCGAAGGCACCUGCGAAGGCGGCGGCGCCGCCGGGCCUCCCCGGCUUGAUGGGCAGCCUGCCCGGGCUUGCGGGCCUUCGCCCCCCCGGCAUGCUCCCGGGCAUGCCGGGCCUCCCGGGCCUCCCGGGCCUGCCCGGCAUGCGCCCCGGCGGCCUCCCGGGCUUCGGCUUCCCGGGCCUCGGCGGCCUGCCAGGCAUGCCGGCGCUGGCGAAGCCGGGGGGGCUGCCCGCCAUGCCGGGCCUGGGCGGCAUGCCGGGCCUGGGCGGCACCAUGCCGAACUUGGCCGCCAUGAUGGGCAAGGCGGGCAUGCCCGGCAUGCCCUCGCCGCGCCCCUGA